GCGGCCGAAGCGAUGGAAUUGCUGCCGAGUGUGGGCGGCGGCGGGUUCGAAGCGGAUUCAGAGGACAACGAAUCGGAUGCGGACAGCACGGAGAGUAUGUGCGGGUCGAGGGAGAAUUUGCUGGACACGAAUAACGGAGGAGGUGGUGGUGCAUUGGCACAAGCGGGUGGUAGUGGGGGAGCGGGCGCAGUCAAAAAAUCAUCAUCAUUACGGUAUUGUUGA